AAGAUUCCUCUUUAGCAUCAGUCAAUUCUUAUGGUCAUCCUUCAUCAGUAUAUCAUCAUCUGUGUCAUGCAUCGUGUGUCAAAGCUGUUUUGCUGUGUUGUGUGAGAGCAGCAGUGUUUGUCGCGUGAAGUGGGCGGGUCAGUGCUGCUGAUGAUGUCAGUGUUGAGGGUUCAGCUGGACUGACUAACUCACUGACCGCUGGAUCUGAUCUGCCGGAUCACUGCCGGAGCCGCUCUUCCAGCGCGAGGAAGUGUUGAGUGUGAAAUAUUCUGGUCACUCUGAAAUAUCAGCCACAACUGUUGAGUCCAUAAGAAGAGGCACAUCUAGAGAAAACCAUACGUCUGAACAUGAGGAGCGUCAUAUGUUUCAUAGCUCUUUUUCUGUGUCUGAGAACCACAGCUUCAGAUUCCAGUGCGAUCUGUGAGCUGGAGAGUGUUCCCGGAAACCGCAAUGAUUGGAUCGUCCUGCAGGAAAUGUCUCUGGGAUGCUGUACGGAUUUCACCAGCCAGGACGGGAAAGAAGUCCACAUCCUCAAGCUGCUAUCCUCACCUGGAGAAGAGAUAAUUUCACAACUCUUCUUAACUGAAGCAAACCCAUCGGUGGUGAUCAUCACCUCCAGAAGCAAACUAAACAUCAUGCUACUUGGCAAUACCGAAGUGAACAUCUACGUAACAAACAACACUUCAAUACAUAUGAUGAAGUCAGUUGGAGGACCUCCACAAACAAACAUUACCUCGUUCCCAGACAGCGAUUCUGAAGUUCUGAAAUGGGCAGUAGAGACAUUUGGUGGAGUGACGUCCUUCACCACAGCACGAGAUCCCGAGAGCAUCACUUUCACCGGGAUUAAAGUUGCACAGCGACCAUCAACGUGUGUCCUGCAGCUGGAAACACCAGCAGAUAAAUGUUUCAUUGAUCUGAAGCUGAAAUCUCAAUCUGAUGAGCUCAAAUCAUGUUACAAAAAGCCUUCUGAGGAACCACUGCACGUGAUCAAUAUUCCUGAUGACAUCGAAAUACGGAAUGUUUCUUUGCAUAUACCACCCAAGUCCACCAAAUUGUUCCUGAGAGGUCCAAAAGGCACUGAGUGGAUCAUCAAUGACGCUAAAGAUAUCAAAUGGCUGACGAACAAUCAUAUAAUCUUAAAUGGGAUGAGGGUGCCUUCGGGGGCGACGUUCUCUGAUGACCCUAGAGAAAUCAAGAAGGAGGUGUUGUUACGCUACAAAAGCACCAUCACCAGCUACUCUGAGAUCCGUCUCAAUGUGACACACAUCCAGCUGUGGAUCAUGGACAGCACUAGCUCCCCGGUUGUUUCACCUGUAGUAUCAGCAGAAGUGGAGCACACCACACGAGCACCCAGUUCUUUUCCGGUUCCUCUUCAGAUGCAGCUGUUCUCAUCUCCAGACUACAGGUUGCCUCUGGAUCCUAGCAGCAGAGAUCAGAGUGACAAGGGGUUCUAUGCGGAGAUCUCAAUUGAGAGCCUCGGAGAAGAAAUGGUUGGGAUUUUCUCCAGCAUUAAGGUCAGCAGCUGUUGGGUUCGCUCCAUGCCAGUGGUGACGAAAAUAUCGUUCGAAGAGGAGCCAUGCAACAUCAAGAACUGUCCUAAGAGACUCUCCUUCAAGAUGCUUCAGGACCUGCCAUCCAGUUCGUGGGACCUCGAAUGUGCAGUAAAACUUUGUCAUGAAAGUAGAAAUUUUUGUACACCUGAAAUUCAAGUCAAGAGGAGCUUGCAGGUCAAGCCAUAUAUCUCGAACCAAAAUCCGUGUUUUGAGUUCGGACUCUUGGCUGUUCUGGGAAUCGCAUUCGGAGGAUUUCUGAUUGGAGUUCUCCUCACCGGUGCUUUAUGGUUCAUUAAGAUACGAACAGGGCAUCCUGUGGCUCUGGGAAUGAGAUCAACGGCAGCUGAGCUCUCAGUCUUCUCUAUAUCCGGAUGCCCUUGUGGUUUGACCAAACGGCAGCCAGUGCCCACCCACCCGUCUCCCUCCGAGGACAGCAGUGCCAACGCCAGCAUUGGCAGCACCCAGAGCACACCCACCAGCAGCAUGGCAUAAUGCCAUUGCCAUGCGUCUCUCUGCACCUAACGCUCUCUCCCUCUUGAAACCAUCUCGCUCCACAUGUCCCAUCAUCCAGAGCGAAAGAAAAAGAGAGUCAGUAGCAAUCCUGAAACAUUCCCUGUACCUCACAAUACUCCAUUUGCAUUCCCGGCUACGGGAAGUCAGUGGGGACGAAGAACAAAAAAAGAAAAAAGCUUGGCUCCCAGAGACAGGAAAAACAAUGCAUAACCCCCAGGAACUAACAGGAAAUUCGUCGCAUUCUUGCGCCGGUGCCUCUCUGAUUUCACAGACAAACAGUGGUCUGACGCACCAGUUCGCUUUCAGACACAGCUAAAUGUGGCUCAAAGAGGCGACCGAACAAACGUCAGACCACCCCAUAUCCAAACACUCAUCUGUGGACUGAACUUUUGAAAUAUUCCAACAAAUCAAACUAUUGGACAUGAACAUAAAAGGAAUACCUUGUUUAGUUUUAGAGUUCGUACUGAAAGGCUGUCUCAAAUGGGACAGAUUGGGAAAUGGCUACCUCUGAGUCUCUGUGGAUAUAGAUUUGUUUAAUAUUUGUUUGACCAUAACUAGAAACAGUUGCUGAAUCUCAUGAAAUCUGCCAAAACGUGUCAUAUUUAACCCCUAAUCAAUAGAAAUACAGAAGCAGUACCUUAUUUAUUUUUUAUUUUUUUUAGCAAAGUGACAUUUUCUGAUGCAGUGAAAAAUCAGAAAUGUAAUUCUAAAAUGAGAAUUUUUAUCAGAUUUUCUAUAUUUGCGUUCAUUUUUUAUUUCACUUUAAUGGUAAUACAUAGGUCCUUUUCACAAUAAGAGUAAAAUUACUAAAUCUAAGCAGAGGAGCCUGAUAAAAAAAAUGCUUAUUUUAGAUGAACAUUUCAGAUGGCACUUUGAGACUUUCGAGUCUGAACUCUUAAUAUAUA